AUGGCAGAAGCACCAACAGAGUCAAAUGAGAACGUGUCAGAGGAGACAGAGGACCUGGAACCUCUGGAACCAGACGACAGUGGUACCUUCCAACAAGUCACAAACCUCCUCAACAUCAUGGACAGCGAGUCAACCAAAACGGACGCUGCUGGGGCAGGUCCUGACACGCGGAAGAUGCUGGCCUCAGUGAUCAUCAGGGAGAAGGCCGCCACUGAGCCCUCCGUGGUGAUGGACGCUCUCAUCCACGGCCCGCAGGUACUGGAGAUUUCCACUCAGCGCACAGUCAACAUUGACAGCAUCCUCCAGGAGAUCAUCCAGCAGGAGGGGGAGCUGGAGGAGCACUGCAUCCAGAGGCUGGUCACCGUCGCCUCCAAGGACAUGAGGGAGAUGCUGCAGGUGGAGGGCUACGUGAGGGCAGAGGUGGCCAGCGACACCCUGGUGGCCCUGUCCCGAAACCACUUCAGCUUGGUCACGUAUGAGCUGCAGCACUGCCUCAGACCCCUCAACCUCGCCGAAGAGUUUGUCAUCGUCGCCCUGGCGAAGCUGGCCGGUGGCAAUGGCGGGGCCCGCACUAGGAAGCUAUUGAGGGAUUUUAAGCUGCGGAGUUGCCUGAUGAAACUUCCGGGAAGCCCAUUCUUGCUGUGGUGUGGACGGAGAGGGGGUGGGAGGUGUGUAACUGUGAGGUGUCUGUGGCUCAGGCUGGGACUCAGUCGGCAAGUGGAGGACAGACAAGGCCUGGGGAGUACAGGCGUGUCCACAGCAGAUGAGCCACCCUGGGGAACCAAGAGCCCAGAGAAGCAGCGCAGGGUGACAUCCUGCCCGCCAGUCCCCAAGCCCACAGAGCACUGGCGCUGGAUCAGGGCCGUGUGGGUCCAGAGACUGGGGAAGGGGGCUAGAGAGGGUGAGUCACAACUCAAGGUCACACAGCCCUCCUGGAGCACUGUCCACCAAUGUCUUCCUCCUCCCCAGUUUCUGAGAAACUCCCUCAAGAAGGCCCAGGGUUCCAACUGGAUCCUGCAUUUGAGCAAAGAGCUGAACAACCAGAUCGAGAGCUUCGACGGCCCCUCCCUAGAGAAGGGCUUUCUGUACCGGGCCUUGGGCUUCACCUUGUCCACGGGCCUGGAGGCUGACAAGGUGGAGGUGCUACUGCUGGAGCUGCUGUACAAGACGGACUGCAGCAACGACUUCAGCUGGGAGGGUGUGAUCCUGUGCUUUGGCCUGUGUGCCCGGGGCCAGGUGAAGACGGUGCUGAACGUGCUCCACAGCUUUGAGGAGAGGAUCCAGGAGUCGGAGCAGUCCUGGCAGAUCAGCGCUUGGCGGAAGGACCAUCCCUGGAGGCGGGAGACAGUGAAGGGUGCCCUCGUGGUGAUGUACAGCUGCGUGGCCUCGUACUGCCACCCGCAGCUGUUCCUCACCCACGUAGACAACCCCAUCACUGCUAAGAUCAUUCACCACUCCUCCAGCAGCUGCCAGGACCUCUGCCUCAAAAUGGCCCUCAUGAAGAGGGUGGUGCAGAUUGCCGACGCCGUCGAGAACAUCAAGGACCUGGAGGGCUUCCAGUUUGCCCCGAAGGCGACCCUUACUGGCGUUAUCAUGGCGAUCAUCAAGGCAGAACCAACUGACAGACUGGUUUCUCCAGUGCGGACCAUGGCCAUGGAUGCCCUCUCAUACUUGAGCAAACUGAAGCCUUUCUACUCGACAGAGGUAAACAGUGAGCUGGUGGAUAUUAGUAUACACUCUGUCAUUUCUCUCCAGCCCCCAGGAGAGAACAAUGAGUCCAUUAAGACCCUGUAUGUGAACGCCCUGCGUGCCCUGGAGCAGCUGAUGGAGGGCCUCGUGCAGAGGCAGCUGGACCCCAAGGGGCUGCAGGAGAUGGUGCAUCUCCUGGAAAAGUGGAUCUUGUCGGAGAAAGAAUGGGAGCGGGAGAAGGUGAUCAACCUCCACCUCCAUCUCAUGCAGAUCUACGUCCAAAGCGUCAGCGUCUGCAUCCCUCUGCAGCUGGGGCAGUUUGGCGCUCUGGUCGGACUCAUCGCCCGAUGCACCUGUGACUCGCACAGAAGAACCCGCCUGGCCUCCAUGGAAGUCCUUUCCAGCCUCGUGGAUCUUCAUGCAAGCCAGACCUGCUCCUCCUGGAGUGCUUCCAAGGAGUUGGAGCUUGAGAAAUGUAAGGAGGAGCUGCAGGGCUCGGACAUGGAGAAGAUUUUCAGCGCAUCCUCAAGAAGUGCCAAGACCCUUCAGCCUCAGACAGAUGGGACUGCUCUUUGUGAGCAGCUGGUCUCCAGGAUCUCAUCCUCCACGGCUCUGGGUGCCACUUGUUUUUUGCAGACUCAGAAAAAGCCUGCCGUUCUCUACAGCUUCUUGCUAGAAACAAUGGCCUAUGUUAAAAGUAACUUGUCAAGGAUCAGAAUCGCUGCAUGUAACCUGGCAGGAAUCAUUAUGAAGCAGAUGUCUGCACAUUACCUGAAAAAGCUGGACUUUCCUACAUUACGGAACUCUCUCCAGGAGCUACAGCUGGACUCGGAUCCUGGGGUCCGGAGGGCAUCCCUGGAGACUCUCAAAAUCUUGGAUACCUGUGGUCAUCACUGGCUUUGGGCUUCUCCCUAA